AUGUCGGUCGGCCUCCGCGCCGCACGCGCAUGUGCGCCUCCUGGAACCACGCCACUGUUCGCCCGCUCGAUCCGACAGUUUGGCAGCUCGUCGCGGUCCUCCUUCCCCCUCCCUUCAUCCUUCUCUUCUUCCUCCUCCUCGCCUUUCACCAGCUCGCUCUUCGCCAAUGCGCGUGCGGCUCUCCUCAGGAGGGGUGUUCAUGGAUCGGCGGUGGGAGCGCAGAGGCAAGCUCUCGGAAGGAUUAUUCCUCGCCGCAUCGCUAUUCCCGUCACGGAGGGCAUGACCGGUAGCGGCGGCUUGCCGAAGCCGAGCAUCUGGCGGCCUAUUGUGUUCUGCCUCACCACCUCUGCCCUCGUCUACUGCUAUGCCGCGGCCGAAACCAACUCGGAAACGGACUACUGGGUUCAGCGCGUCGCCUCCGGACGCUGGAUCGUCCCCACCACUCCUUCCGAUGAGCAACUGUGGAAGGCGCGCAAAAUCGCUCUUACUGCCGAAGCCCAGGCGCGCGUCAACCGCUUGCCCCAGGUCCUCUCCUUCCUCCCCGACUUCCUCUUCCAGCCCGCUCUCCGCCUUUCCGUCAUGUGGGAAGAAUCGUCCAUCAACCGCCCCAUGUCCUAUGUGCCCGCCGUGACUUUGAUUGGUGUCUUUGGAGGCGUGUUCGCCGCUUGGAAGACCAAGAGUCUCCAGCCGUUCAUGACAAAGUGGUUCCUUCACCGUCCUGUCAUUCUCGGUGGCGGAGCUAGGGCCGAGUGGGCCAACUGUGUGACCAUGUUGACCAGUGUGCAAAGCCGUUUGCUGCACAUCUCCCAUUUGCCUUACCACCUGCCGUGGUGUAUGGCCGCUGACUCUUUACAGUUUUCCCACAAGGAAUUCACCCACCUCGCAUUCAACUCGAUCGCCCUCUACUCCUUUGGCGCCACGACGUACCAGUACCUCGUCAGGGGCAAGGAUGGCGAGUACAACCAGCUCAACACGGCCAACCCGGCUCUGCACUUUAUCGCCUUCUUCGUCGCUGCGGGCCUCGCGUCGUCGCUCGGCUCGCACCUGUGGACCAACAUUGUCCGCCUGCCCCGGCUGCUGCGUACCUUGCAGUCGCCCGCGCGGCUGAGCUCGGCACAGGCCCUGGCCGCGCACCAAGCCAUCCUGCCCAGCCUCGGCGCGUCCGGCGCCAUCUACGCGUGCGUCACCAUGUCGGCCCUGGCGUUCCCCGACGUCAGCGUCAGCCUCAUCUUCCUGCCCUUUGUCGCCUUCCCCAUCACGUGGGGUGUGGGAGCCAUGGUCCUGGUGGACAUUGUCGGCGUGUUCCGUGGAUGGAAAAUGUUCAACCACAUUGCACACCUCGGCGGCGCGGCCUUUGGUGUCCUGUAUUACGGCUACGGAAGGCCGUUCUUCGAGUGGCUGCGUAUCCGGCUCGGUGCCAAACCGCGUCACGUCGCGCCUCGUGCCCAGGCUUAG